AUGACUGAUUUAGAAAGUGUAAGAAAAGAGAUUACAAGAUUGUAAACAGAGAAUGCUAAAUUAACAACAAAAGUAGUGAGAAAUAGAAAAAUAAUUGCAUAAAAAGAAGAAACAUAUGUUAAGGUUUAAGACAUUGCAAAUGAAGAGGAAACAUUUGAUUCUGAUUCAACAUAAGCAUCUUUUAAGAUUAAAUAAUUACCUAAUGGAAUGGAUAAAGUAAGAGAACUUUAUAAAACAAUUUGUUAAUGUGGAGAUGCAGCCAAAUUUAAGUAAUUAUCUAUUAUAUUUAUUAAGUGGGUUUUGUGAGAAAUGUGUUAAGAAAAUGAAAGAAGAUUAUGAAAAGGCCAUGAAUGACUACUUACCUAUAUCAUCUUAAUAUGAGAAAGUUUAUUCUAAUAAUGUAAAUAAAGAAGUGAAAAUGUUAUCAAUAAAAAAUAAAAUUGACAAUAUGAAACAAAAAAUAAAAGAAGGUGAUAUUAGUUUUUAAGAUGGUGAUCUAAAAAUAUUAUAAGAUGAAAUAGAUUAUUUAAGAAAAUAAAUUAAAGUUACAUAAAUGGAUGUAUUUUAUAAAUAUUAUAUAUUUAGUAUGAAGUUUAAUAAAAAGAGUUUACCAGAUAUGUUGAAGAAUAAAAUAAAGUCUAGGAAGAUUUAGAAAUGAGAUUAGCUAAAAAAGAAGACAAGAUCUAAAAAAUUAAAUAAUAAAUUGAUGAAUUGCUAAUAAAAAAUAAAAAAAUUGAAGAGAACAUUGGUUUUGCAAAAGAAGAGUUGGAAAGCUAUGUAAAGUGA